CGACAAACCAUUCUGAAAUACGCAACAAACAGAAUUUGUUAUUUGUAUCUUUCAGCUGCGCGCGGGAGUUUUUGCUCUCAUUUUUCCGGGAAAAUUCUCUAGAAAAUGAAUUUCGCUUCGGCUCGAGAGCUUUGUCUAUAUCUAAUUUCAUCUGCGUUUCAAAGAUGCCGAUUGUCCGAUGAUCUUUGCAGACUAUCCGUCAUUCUCAAACAAAGCUCUCCAGCGUCCGAUCAUCCUGUCGUUCAAAUUUCAAUAUCGGACACAGGAAUCGGAAGCUGCUUGGACGAUUUUCGGACCUUGAAGUUUUCCGGUGAAUCCGUCGGGAAUGAUGAACAAUGGGAUGGAGUGAUUUCUGUCACAAAUACCAGUGUUAGUGAUAAUGAGAUUUAUCAUUACCAGUUAAAUCUAAAAGAAAGAGAUUCUGCGAGAAGGCUGACCAUGCUACCUUCAAACUCCAAGAACGGUGUGAAAUUCAGUGGGACUGAAGUAUGUUUGUCAAUUUUCAUAAGCAUCAAUGUCUUGCGGGGAGAGAUAAAUCGCUUCUUUCAAAAGAUUCUAAUUUUGAAGAUCCCUAGUGUUGCUAUUGAGUUGGUUACUGAAUAUGGAAGUCUUCUGGGAUCAAAAGUCGAGAACCUUUUCCUGGCAAAUUCGUUCAAUCCUUUACCUUUCUCAGCUUCAAAUCUUGAACGUUUAAAGUCUGGCCUUGAAGAUUAUGUUUUGAAGCAUGGAAAUGUACUGAACAAACAAUGUGACUUGUGCUUCCAAAGUUUGGAGAAUCUGAAGAUUGGGAGUGGAACAGCAUCCCAUGCAGAAAGAAAUGGCAAUGGUGGACUAGUGAUGGAAGUGGUGAUUAUAUUAAGUGAAAUAUCAGAAAGAACCAGUACUUGUUUCACAUCAUGCAGUGCUAGAACAGAGGUUUUGUAUUUUAGAGAUUUCUCAACUUGUUCAAUCUCACAAUCAUCUCUGAAGGCAUUGACAAGCAUUGACUGGAGAAGCUAUGGAUUGACCUUGGAAAGUGUCAAGGAUCAAGGUGGCUACGUAGAAAUAGAGUGGGAAAAUUUGCCACCACAUACUCGCAUUGAUAUCGUCCUGCACGCAUACCCGAAGCAAUAUCCAACAGUCAUUAUACCAUCAAGAAGGCCAAAGGUUCAAACUGAUGGUAAUCUUAUAAAAAAAGCUGUUAAACUUGCAUUGGAUGAUUUGAGGAAUAAACACGCAGGAGUUCUCUUAAGUGCACAUUCCCUGAAGAUUCGCAGUUAUGCCCCUGAUCUUGCCAAAACAAUUUCUGGCCUAAUCUUGUGCUCCAACGACCCAGACUUCCAACAUGAAUGUUUUUCUCUUCUUGGAUUGCAAUCUCAAGGAGUUGAAAGUGAAAUAGUUGAAGCCAGUAUCAAGGAAAAGCUUCUUGUAGUCAUAGAUAUGAACAAUAGGAAGCCCCAGAAAAGCAAAGAAGUGGCACCUUUUCUUUUCGAGGAUGACCACUUUAAUGAACCAGGGUUUCAAGAUGAAGAAUGUGAAGGUGAGGAUGCUUUUAGCGCUACGCCUAUGGAUAUAUGAUUGAUUCUCCACAUCAUGGGUUAAAACAGUUUCUAAGAUUGCCUCUGUAUGCUUGGAGAAAUUUAAGCCAUUGUUAGACCACCCCCCUUUUAAGGAUAAUCAAUACAUGAUAAAAUAAAAGUGAAAGCGUUUCUCAAAGCCUUUUAGUAAAUCUAAAGUGAGAUUGUGAAAAAGUUACUAGGUCAAACUGUUUCGUUAUUCUGGUAGUCGGUACUUUCCAGCCAGUUUUGCAGGAUUAUUUUUACCUACACGAUUGAAUAUCAUGAUCGCACUGUCUUGGAUAUUUGGCCCUGGGGCUUGCUGUGGCUUAAUGGGUGUCCAUUUGGGAAUAUGUAAACUGUACAAAAUUCCAAUGCAGGUCGAUUCUACGAUGUUUUUGAAAGAAUGGUCCAGACCCAAAAAGCUGUCACGUGUAAGGUUUAAAAAUGAAAGCGAAAAGAUUUUUGAUCGUCAUAGAAAUCAUAUUAGAAAAAGUUGAUAUGUAGGAAAAGCAUACGUGAUGCUACAUUGUGAAAAGACUCAACAAAAUGAUUUUUUUUUUUUUUUUUUUUGUUGAUUGACUUAACAAAAUGAAUUUAAAUCACAUACUAGAUCCAUGCGCAUAGAACUGUUACUUUAGAAGAGAGUGGCAAGAAUUCAUAUGUACCAUUUUUCUUUUAUAGUCUCAAUCAAUUUCUAUACAACUUCAUCCCUUAUGAAUAAAAUAUUAAUUGAAGUUUGGCACUUUGUAAAACAAAUUGCUUUGUUAUUUUGUUUCGAUCUAUAAUUCUCUUGAUAUAUAAUUAUAAACUGAAAAUAUUCAGCAUCAGAAAAAAAAAAGAAAAAAAGUUGGAGAUAAUCGGAGUUUGAAAGAGAUUGAAAGCGUGCAAUCUUUCCCAUAUAUAUAUAUAUAUAUAUAUAACCAAAUUGUGGAAAAUAUCACAACAAAAACAAAAGUUCUUUUAUAUAUAUAUAUAUAUAUAUAGUGGACAAGAGUUUGUGCUUUCUUUUACCGGUAGAGAUUCAUAUAAUUGGUAAACACCAAAUACAGUGAAGAUUUAUAGUAUCUUUUAAGAUCUCCCAUAACUAAGAAAAACAAGGACAAGAAGCCUUGAAAAGUAUAUAUUAAAAGAUCAAAAAAGAAAAAAAGUUUUUUUUAUU